CAGUUUUUAUUCGCCUACCAAAGGAAUUGAUCAUGUGACGAAGUUUAUUUACAACUAGCUGAGAUUAAAUAAUAUUAGUUUAGAUACUUGAAAGCAUAAUUGAUUGAGAUAAUUCAAGAGUGGGUUUAAGUGGACACGUAAAACAAUUAUUUACAAAUAUGAGUGCUACAGAAGACGAGCAACAGAGAUUGCUUCAACCAGGAAACAAUAGCUCAGACAAUCCUGAAAUUGUGAUUGCAUCGGGAUGCGGUGCAAGCCUCCCUUGUGAUCCUCGUAGAAAAUUACAUAAAUAUUUAGUACUAAUUAUUAUGUGCUUGUUAAGUUUUGGGAGCUACUUUGUUUACGAUAAUCCAGCAGCUCUACAGGAUGUUAUGGAGAGGGACUUGAAUUUGAACAACGAAAAAUACAUGCUAUUUUAUGCCUUAUAUUCUUAUCCGAAUGUUAUCCUCUGCUUCUUCGGUGGUUUCCUAAUUGAUAGAGUUUUUGGCACAAGACUCGGAGCAAUUAUAUUCUCUUCAUUUGUAACAAUUGGGCAUUUUUUGUUUGCCGCUGGAGCCCUAGUUAAUAAGCCGGGUUUGAUGGAUUUUGGUCGGUUUGUGUUCGGAAUUGGUGGAGAGUCGUUAUGUGUCACUCAAAAUACUUAUGCUGUUAGCUGGUUUAAAGGGAAAGAAUUAAACAUGGUUUUUGGGCUGCAAUUAAGUCUGUCGAGAGUAGGGAGUACAGUUAAUAUGAAUACAAUGAAACCUUUAUAUGAUCAUCUGGCAUCUUUUAUGGGAAUUGGUCAUCAUACAUUGGGAAUCACACUUUUCAUUGCUGGAGUUUUUUGUGUUUUCUCUUUACUCUGUGCCUUUGCAAUGGCGUUCUUUGAUAAAAGAGCUGAAAGAAUAUUGAAAAAAAAAGAAGCGCUGACUGGUGAAACAAUUCGCAUUUCAGACGUAAAAAACUUCCCAUUAGAAGUCUGGCUUUUGAGUGUAAUUUGUGUCGCCUACUACGUGACAAUCUUUCCUUUCGUUGAUGUUGGAUUAUUGUUUUACGAAAUGAAAUUCGAUCAAAGUGCUAAAUUGGCAUCUUUAUGUAAUAGUCUGGUUUACAUUCUUUCUGCGGCAAUGUCACCUUUCACCGGAUUUGCUAUAGACAAAACGGGACGUAAUGUCUUUUGGGUUAUAGCUGGUGUUGUUUUAACUAUCAUUAGCCAUGGGCUAUUAGCUUUUACGUUCUUUAAUCCAUUUAUUCCUGUCGUACUAAUGGGGUUUGCUUAUUCUAUUGUUGCGAGUGCUUUAUGGCCAAUGGCUUCCUAUAUCGUUCCUGAAUAUCAACUCGGAACCGUCUACGGUUUAAUGCAAGCUAUACAAAAUUUGGGAUUAGCAACUAUAGCUCAAGCUGCGGGGGCAAUUGUUGACACAAAAGGAUAUUUACUAUUGGAAAUGUUCUUCCUAGCUUUGUUAUGCAUUGCACUCAUUUUCUCCUUGCUACUAUACUUUGUCAACGCUUAUAAGAAAGGAAACUUGAACUUAUCAACUGCAAAAAGAAAGCAAUUAGCAAAACUUGAAGAGAAAGCCGCACAAUAA